AGUGUUUACUCUCUCUUUCUCUUUUACUCUUACUCUUUCCAGUUUACAUUCUUAUUAUUUUCUAAUUUUUGCACUCCUCAUUAUAAUUUUUUUACUCUCUCUCUUCAUUUCAUCAAUCAAACCACAAAACUUUUAUCCAACAUAUUUUUUAUCGCAUUAAAUAAUUUAAUUAUCUUUUAUUAGCAAUGAAGGAAGGAUCCGGUGAAGACCAAAACGUCGCUCCCAGCAUGUACAGCCAUGUAUCUCGGCCCAGUAGUCACCGCAACAAGAACGCCAGAAAGGGACUCCCCUUUAACGUCAUGCUUGUCGGCGAAAGCGGCCUCGGGCGCAAAACUUUUCUCAACACGCUCUGCGAAAGCGCUGUAAUCACUGGCUCCGAGGUAACCAACGCCGAGCAAGCGCACAUAGCCGAGCCCAUGCAGUUCAAGAACUACACUGUAGAAAUGGAUGAGGACGGCAUGAAGAUCAUCCUCAACAUUAUCGACACUCCGGGAUUCGGCGACGGCAUCGAUAACGAGCAGUGCUUUAUGCAGAUCCAGGAGUACCUUGAAUUGCAGUUCGAUAAUGUUCUGGCGGAGGAGAACCGGAUUAAGAGAAACACCAAGUUCAACGACUCGAGAAUCCACGCGCUCCUCUAUUUCAUCUCCCCAACGGGUCAUUCCCUGAGGGAAAUCGACAUUGAGCUGAUGAAGCGCCUGGGAUCCCGCGCCAACAUCAUCCCCGUAAUCGGUCGGUCGGACAGCCUGACUCCGCGCGAACUCGUUCUAUUCAAGCAGCGCAUCAUGUCGGAUAUUGUAACCCACAGCAUCUCCGUGUUCAACUUCCCUGACCUCGAUGACGAGGAUGAGGAUGCCGUGGAGGAGAACUCAGAGCUCCGCGCCAUGCUGCCCUUUGCCGUGGUCGGCUGUGAGGAGGUCAUCAAUGAGGAUGGCAGACCGGUUCGUGUGAGAAACUACCCCUGGGGUGUUGUGCAGGUCGAUAAUGACGAGCAUUCGGAUUUUGAUCGUCUGCGUUACGUCCUGCUUAACUCACAUAUCAGCGAUCUGCGCGAUCGCACGCAAAAUGAGCUCUACGAGAUGUACCGUACAGAGAAGCUGUCCGGGAACACCUCGGUGCUGGCGAACAACACAAGCCAGGCAGUGAUCUCGGCGAUUGGCGCGUAGUUAUUUUUCAUUUCAUUUCAUUUUUAUUUUGUAUUGCGUUUGGGAUGCGGCAAGUGCGCGUCAAGUGCGUAACCAAUAUUUUUUGUUUAAUUUAAGCGAAUCGAUAUCAUCCACUAUUAUAUUUUCACGUGACAGUGAAUGCGAUC